GACAAAACCCGGUCCGCGCGGACCGCCCCAUAGCUGUCAGGUACCAAUUGAGGAAGAUUGCUACUUUUCUCAGUGCGAGUUGCGGAUUUGGAUCGCGGAACAGUGCGAUUGUCGGGCGCGAAGGGAGAGGUGCUUCAGCAGGUAUUGAUCGCGAAAAAUGGAGACAAUUGACAAGCAGAGUGCUGUGGAUUUCAUCAACCAGAUGUUCCCCACAGAGGCCUCUCUAUCUGGUGUUGAGCCCCUUAUGCAAAAAAUACAUAGUGAAGUUCGUAGAGUGGAUGCUGAGAUUUUGGCAGCAGUUCGUCAGCAGAGUAAUUCAGGAAGCAAGGCCAGGGAGGAUCUUGCUGCAGCUACCCGUGCUGUUCAGGAACUCAUUUAUAAAAUGCAAGAAAUAAAGACCAAAGCAGAGCAAAGUGAAACAAUGGUUCAGGAAAUUUGCCGUGACAUCAAGAAACUGGAUUUUGCUAAGAAGCACAUAACUACUACGAUUACUGCCCUUCAUCGUCUUACCAUGCUAGUGUCUGCUGUAGAACAACUCCAAGUUAUGGCUUCUAAAAGACAAUACAAGGAGGCAGCUGCACAGCUCGAGGCUGUCAACCAGUUAUGCAGCCAUUUUGAAGCUUAUAGAGAUUUUCCGAAGAUCACAGAGCUUAGGGAGAAGUUUAAAAGUAUCAAACAAAUCCUGAAGUCACACGUGUUUUCGGAUUUCUCUAGUAAUUUACUGCAGCGGCUAUCUGAUGCAUGUCUAGUUGUUGAUGCUCUGGAGCCAUCAGUCAGGGAAGAGUUGGUCAAGAACUUCUGCAGCAGGGAGCUUACUUCGUAUCAUCAAAUUUUUGAGGGAGCGGAACUGGCGAAGCUGGAUAAAACAGAAAGAAGAUAUGCUUGGAUCAAACGUCGAUUAAGGACCAAUGAGGAGAUUUGGAAAAUUUUCCCGUCUUCAUGGCAUGUCCCCUAUCUGCUCUGCAUUCAGUUCUGCAAGUUGACGAGGACACAACUUGUAGACAUCCUCAACAAUCUUAAAGAAAAGCCAGAUGUUGGAGCAUUAUUGCUGGCAUUGCAACGGACUCUGGAGUUUGAGGAAGAAUUAGCAGAGAAAUUUGGUGGUGGAAGCCGUAGCAAAGAAUCUGGAACUGACAUUGGGGAAGAUAUGGUGGACAAUAACAAUCAGACAGUGUCAGACAUUCGAAAGAAAUAUGAGAAAAAGCUUGCUGCAAAUCACGGAAGUGAGAAUGAGGAGCAAGAUGGCCACAAAGAUUUAUCAGUGCCUGAUGCUGGGUUCAAUUUUCGAGGUAUCAUUUCGUCCUGCUUUGAAGCUUACUUGACAGUAUACGUGGAGCUGGAAGAGAAGACCCUUAUGGAACAUCUGGAGAAGCUUGUCCAGGAAGAAACUUGGGAAAUUGAAGAGGGGAGUCAAACUAAUGUUUUAUCUAGCAGUAUGCAGGUCUUUUUGAUUAUUAGGAGGAGCUUAAAGAGAUGCAGUGCCUUGACGAAGAAUCAGACAUUGUUUAAUUUGUUCAAGGUAUUCCAAAGAAUUCUCAAAGCAUAUGCUACAAAACUUUUUGCAAGAUUGCCAAAGGGAGGCACAGGAAUUGUAGCAGCUGCUACAGGAAUGGAUGGUCAAAUCAAGACAUCUGACAAGGACGAACGUCUGAUCUGUUACAUAGUUAACACUGCUGAAUAUUGCCAUAAGACGUCAGGUGAAUUGGCUGAAAAUGUCUCCAAGAUAGUUGAUCCUCAAUUUGCAGAUCGGAUAGAUAUGUCUGAAGUACAGGAUGAGUUCUCAGCAGUUAUAACAAAAGCAUUGAUAACUCUUGUGCAUGGUAUAGAAACUAAAUUUGAUACUGAAAUGGCUGCAAUGACACGUGUUCCUUGGGGCACACUUGAAAGUGUUGGUGACCAAUCAGAGUAUGUGAAUGGCAUAAACACGAUUCUGACAGCUAGCAUUCCUGUACUUGGAAGGCUUCUUUCUCCUAUAUAUUUCCAGUUUUUUCUUGAUAAGCUUGCAUCAUCUCUAGGGCCACGCUUCUAUCUCAAUAUAUUCAAAUGCAAGCAAAUAUCGGAAACUGGAGCUCAGCAAAUGCUCUUGGACACGCAAGCCGUAAAAACCAUCCUUCUGGAAAUUCCUUCCCUUGCAAAACAGACAUCAGCUGCUGCAGCCUACUCAAAAUUUGUAAGCCGUGAAAUGAGCAAAGCUGAAGCACUGCUAAAGGUAAUACUGUCCCCUGUUGACUCUGUAGCCGAUACGUACUGUGCCCUGCUGCCUGAGGGUACACCUGGAGAGUUCCAGCGGAUUCUGGACCUAAAGGGCCUCAAAAGGACCGACCAGCAAAGCAUAUUAGACGAUUACAACAAACGUGGAGCGGGUACUUAUCAGCCAUCUAUGAAGCCAGUCGUUCCGGCUGCACCUAACACGACAGCUGCACCUGGGACAGCUACUCAACCUACGCCUGCUGGAAUCAUUCCUCUGAAGGAAGAACUUGUGGCAAGAGCUGCCGCACUCGGGAGAGGUGCUGCCACAACUGGAAUCCGGAGAAUCCUGGCAUUAACUGAAUCAACAACCAAAGAUCGUAAGGAUGGACCUCUCAGAAAGCUUUUCAUUGGAUGAAACAACACAUGUUUUCCCUUCUCUGGAAUCCCGGCCCCGAUGCUUCCGGCCGUAAGGUAUGGAGUCUCCUUUUGUUGUGUAGAUUCCCAGUUGGCUUCGGUAUUUCUGUAUAUGGAGAGUUCUGAAAAUCUUAGUGAUGAUAUGUAACACUAUUCUUAUACAAUGAUUUUGGAGGAAGACUCAUACCUGUGAUAUGUGAAUGUAAAUGUGAAUGGCUCUACUUCAUUAGUUUGUUGUAAAAGCGCCAUUUCACCUAACUUUUGUUGUAAGAACAUGUUUCGUGUACCUUUGAUUUUACUGUGUAAAUUAUUAAUGAAAUAUUUCUUUUUCUUUUGGUU